AUGGAUGUUGGCGAUAAAUCACCAAAGAGUGAUCGGGAAGAUGAGAUCGAUGAGACCGUCGAGACCCUCACGAAAGCUCAGCUCAAGCGACUGAUGCUGAAGACAGACCUGGUUAUCAUGCCUCUCGCCAUCGUGUGCCUGACCAUUGCUUUCCUGGAGAAGAAUGCUUUGGGCUAUGCUGCUAAGUACAGCUGGCUCGAUAGUAUCUUCUACUUUAGAUACCUUGCAAUGAAGUUCCCUACGCUCUGGUUGAUCACUCGCUUCCCAGUCGGCACGUACGUUGGCAUAUGCCUUACACCCUGGGGAGCGUGUCUUUGCUUCCUGGUACUUUGCCACAACUUCACCGGACUGGCCACAGUUCGGUUUAUUACGGGCAUGCUUGAAGCGGCGACGUUGCUAUGUAUGAUGCUUAUCAACGCGAUGUGGUGUCCGCCAGACAAGCAUUCGCUACGAACAGCGUUCUGGCAUAACACGUUUCCUGAUUACAUCUUCCUCAUAUACGGUGCCUUCAAUCUCUUGCUUGGUAUUCUGUUCUUCUUCGCAAUGCCAGAAUCUCCGGCCAAGGCAUGGUUCUUCAACGCGGAAGAGAAAAGACUUGCCGCAAUCCGCCUUGCACCAACCCAGACUGGCAUUGAGUCGCGAAAGCACUUGGCUGCCCCAAUCACCAACUUCAAUUCCUUAACUAUCUCUGGAUACGGCUUCGGCAAGACAAAGACCCUUCUCAUGGCUACACCACAAGCUGCAGUUGCUAUGGUGGCCAGUGCAACGCUGACUGCAGUUUCGAUGUACGUGCCGAAGGUACGAUGCUUCUUCUGGAUCUUCGGGGCCACAAUGUAUUUGAUCGGCGCCGUCAUGGUACAUACGUUGCACUUUGCCGAAACGAGGAAUGUGAACUUGGCUGGUGCAUACCUCAUGGGCUUUUACAAUGUGUCUUGGGUGCUCACGUUGAGUCUUAGCAGUUCGAAUACGGGCGGGGCUACCAAGAAAAUCUUCAUGGGCAUCACUUGUGCUGUUAUGUAUGCCGUCGGCAACAUCAUUGGUCCUCAGUUUUUCAUCUCCUCGCAGUCGCCAACACAUCCGCUAGGUAUCGGCGCUAUACUGGUUGCGUUCACGCUUAUGGCGAUCACUGGCGUGGUCUACUGUGCCCUCUGCAUCUUUGAGAACAAGCGCAGAGACAGACUGUAUGGUGUGGCGCAGGAUGAAGCAGCGAUCGGAUUGCAAGCCGAGAGAGAUGACUUGACGGAUCGACAGAACCUCAACUUUAGAUAUACGUACUGA